AUGAAAGCAUGCACCGCCGAGCUCGACGCCGGCAUGCUGUUCGUGAAAACAAGCUGGCCGCUGUUCAAGUCCGAGGUCGAAGCCUUCCAAGGCAGUCCUGGCGGGCCAACUCAGACCCCCGACACUAUCCGCACUGUCAUGGAGUUCAAGCGCACGCAGGAGGAGUUUGAUCACAUCUUCACCCGACUUGAGACGCAAGCCGGUGCUCUGCGCCGGCUGCGGGUGCAAGUCAUGCAUGCUUGGUGUGCUCCCUCUGAGACCUCGGCUCCGUCAACAGCAGUCGAGACCGACACAGUCGCAUCUUCCGCAGACUCACUCUUCGAGGACAAUCUGCUUGAUGUAGACGAGCAGCCCGACACACCUCCUACGUCGUUGCCCGAUACCUCGUCCGAGGCAGACCCCGCGGCACUCCUCGAUGAGCCCGACGAGCUGAACGAGCUGAAUGCCAGCGACGUCGACCCCGACAUUCCAGACCUCGUGGGCGAAGCCGAAGCGUCCGUCAACGCUCUGCUGGCCGGUAUCGUCGCAUUUACGAACCCGGGCAUGUUUGAGGACAUGAUGCACCUCAUCGAUUGUGCAGGGCAGUAUGACGCCGGCCUUGAGUGGUUCGAGGAACACUUUCACGCGCACCGCGUCCACAUCAAGGCGUUCGAAGACAACUCGCACAAGACGGCCGCUGAACUUGAAGAUCUCGUGCGUGCAACGGAGGAACUGGAAUGCAUCUCGAAGAAGCUGAAGGAGAUGCGUCGCAACCUGAGGUUGGCCGAGAAUCGGUUCAGGCGCAAACACGCAGACACACAAGCAGUUGGUGACUCGAGAGGUCGAGAACCGGGUGCUUCACAACAAGAUCUCUCAGACGUACUCGAGUUGAGUCACCCGGCCCGGAACCAAAGGCUGCGGCGCACAUCAUGUCACCUUCCUAUCGUUCUCCGUUCCUCAACCUCUCGCUCCGACCUUCUCACCACGUCCCCAUCGAUGAGCCACUAUUCCAGACCCUUUCAACCUCAUUCGGUGCCAGCUUUCGCGUACUUCGCCCACCCUCCUCGCGCCAUGACCGAGCUCAAGAACCAAGAUCCUCGCGUCUCAUCGCUCUACAAGAUCCCUUCCUCCGCGCCGCGCCACUUGCGCUGGAAAAAGAUCCUGCGCACAAGCAACCCCACUACUCCAUCCAUUGACGAGCUCUUCACCGAACUCCCCGAGCAGACGGCGCAGCUCGCCCGCUCUGGUCCCAACGCGAGCCCCUCAAGCAGCAACAGCAAACGCAAGCGUCUCCUGGAAGCUGAGGAAGACGGCCUCGCCUCCGCCCACCGCAAGGUGCACAUCAUGCACGAGAUGCUGAGCCACUCCUCCAGCUCCAGCACCAGUGACGACGGUCUCGAUCCCGGUGCCGAGGCGCUCGCGCGCCUCCUCACCUUCAAGGAGGACGCAGAGGACAAGCUCGCCCUCGCCUCGGCCGAAAAGAACAUUCUCCAGCGUCGCAAGGACGCAUUGCAGGCCGAGGUGCGCCAGUUGAAAUCGGCGCUGCUCGCGAGCCAGGUGCAGGUCGCCGAGAAGGAGAAGCACAUUAAGGCGCUCAAAACGUACCUCGACGAAUCUCCCAAUGAGAAGAUUAAGGAACUCGAGGACAAGGUCGACACCCUCGAGAGGCAGAAUGCACAGCACGUACUCGCUGGUAGACUGUAG